CUGGGGCUGUGGCGAGCGGCGUCGCGGGCCUACGGGCUGGGGCUGCGGGCGCUUCCUGACCUCCUAGGUGUGUGCCGGUGGCCGGCGACGUCGGGCCUGCGUGGGGGCCGGCGGCGGCUGCCUCCGGCGGAGGCGGAGGUGCGGCGGGCAGCCUUCGCGGGCGCCCGGGCCGGCCCGCGCCUUUGCAGCGUGCCCCAUGCAUCCGGAGCCCGCCCCGCCCCCGAGCAGCAGCAGCCCCGAGCUUCCCCUCAGCGGCGGCAGCACCACCAGCGGCAGCCGCCGGAGCCGCCGCCGCAGCGGGGACGGGGAGCCCCCGGGGUCCCCGCCGCCGCCGCCCGCCGUCACCUACCCGGAGUGGAUCGGCCAGACUUACUCCGAGGUGAUGAGCCUCAACGAGCACUCCAUGCAGGCGCUGUCCUGGCGCAAGCUCUACUUGAGCCGCGCCAAGCUCAAAGCCUCCAGCCGGACCUCGGCUCUGCUCUCCGGCUUCGCCAUGGUGGCGAUGGUGGAAGUGCAGCUGGACACUGACCACGACUACCCGCUGGGGCUGCUCAUCGCCUUCAGCAUCUGCACCACAGUGCUGGUGGCCGUGCACCUGUUCGCGCUCAUGAUCAGCACCUGCAUCCUGCCCAACAUCGAGGCCGUGAGCAACGUGCACAAUCUCAACUCGGUCAAGGAGUCGCCCCACGAGCGCAUGCACCGCCACAUCGAGCUGGCCUGGGCCUUCUCCACCGUCAUCGGCACACUACUCUUCCUGGCCGAGGUUGUACUGCUCUGCUGGGUCAAGUUCUUGCCCCUCAAGAAGCAGCCAGGCCAGCCGCGGCCCACCAAGCCCUCGACCGGUGGCGCGGUCGCCAACGACAGCAGCAGUAGUGGUGCUGGCGGUAUCACCCCAGGCCAGGCAGCUGCCAUCGCCUCCACCGCCAUCAUGGUCCCUUUCGGCCUGAUCUUUAUCGUCUUUGCCGUCCACUUCUACCGCUCACUGGUCAGCCACAAGACGGACCGACAGUUCCAGGAGCUCAAUGAGCUGGCUGAGUUUGCGCGCUUGCAGGACCAGCUGGACCACAGAGGGGACCACCCCCUGACGCCCGGCAGCCACUACGCCUAAGCCCUUGCGGUCUUGGCCCUCCAGAGCUUUGGCCUUACACCCUUCCCCAUGACCUUGUCCUGCCCCAGGCUUACAGAGGGAUGGCCUGUGGAGGGGGCUCGGCUCCAUCGGUGGGGGGACAGAAAGUGGAGGGAAAAGGCGUUUUGUAAAAGAAAUUUCUGCACUUUGAAACUUUCCUCUAAGAGAAUAAGCACUUCCUGUUCUUCCAGCUUCAGGUGCACCUCCCGUUAGGAGGCAGUGGGGGCCCGAGUGGGGCCAGAAGCUCCCUUUGUCCCCCCUCCUCCCCUGUGCCAGUGCCACCUGGUGCUUCCUGUCCUUUCCUUCUCGACCUCCCUCCUGGUCAGUGUCGAGUGUGUGCGUGUGUGCGUGUGUGUGAUACAUAAAUAUACUCUUAUGGGACACC